GUGGGGGAGAGUCACGCCGUUCACGACGCGACCAGGCGCGACACUCAGUUACCACAAGUUCGACUCGACCGUGGAAAGUACCGCAGGCACGUCAGUCCGGAGGAAAGAGAGAGAGCGCGGGGUCCAUAAAACCAUCAACUAGAUCGUCGAUCAGAUGAUUCUACGAAGAUCAUGAGAAAAAUAUCGUGACACCGAUGAUAGGGAGAUAGUAUUGGACCGGCGAAAUUUCGCAUAAGCUCUCGAAGAGGAUCUGAAAACACGUUGCCGCAGUUUUGCCCAGAAGUCGGUUUAAGAGCCUAAUGUGUUCGGAGAUUUGAUAAGCGAUUUUGGUCGUCUCUGCUGUCGUUGGAUGAAGCCUUACUGCUAGGAAUAUCUCGAGAAGUAUCUUCGUGAACUGUGCUGCACGCGUCUAUUUCUUACAGCCACUUCCAAAUGUCACGACGAAAAAAUCCUCGUGACACAAGAUAACGAUGUCAGAAUCGUUAGAAUAUCAUUAAAACAAUCAUCCUUUACGAAGCCGUUAACCAUACAUCGAUUCAAAUCCAAUAGAGAGAUAUUUUUAUUUACAAGGGUCCUAAUAAAAAAGUUUUCUCUCGCGCAUUGAGAAAUAUCGUAAAUACGGAAACGUAGGAUAUACUCCAGACGAAAUGGCGUACGACGAUGUUAUCCUUCGUAUGGGCGAGUUCGGUCGCUACCAGCGCAGAAUCUAUCUUCUACUCUGUCUUCCAGCGAUAUCGUGCGCCUUUCACAAGCUAGCCGGUGUAUUUCUUGGAGCCAAAAUGGAUUCGAGGUGUUUACUUCCACACGAGAAUGCGGAAAAUGCCACGUUCCACCUAAGCCAGGAUGUACUGAACGCGAGCUAUCCAUGGGACUACGAACUCCGAGGGUGGUCUCAGUGCAUGAGGCGUGACAUUAUCAGCCUUGCGAAUGACACGAUCAUUGGGACUGCAAUUGGUAACGGCACUGAAGAGGGAGGCAUCAGUAGCUGUAAGCAAUAUGUGUACGACAGAAGGGUGUACAAAAGUACAACCACUUCCGAGUGGGACUUGGUCUGUGACAAGGCAUGGCUGAGAGCGUCGGGGGACUCGUUGUUCAUGGUAGGAGUCAUGCUUGGCUCAAUGUUAUUCGGCGGUUUGUCCGAUAAAUAUGGUCGUAGACCAAUUUUCUUCCUGUCUUUAGUCAUACAGCUGGUUGGUGGUAUACUAGUCGCUGUCGCGCCCGAGUUUAUUUCCUACGUAAUCUUCAGGCUAAUUGUUGGCUCAACCACUAGUGGGGUGUUCUUAGUAGCUUAUGUCAUAGCUUUGGAAAUGGUCGGACCAAAAAAGCGGCUAGUAGCCAGUGUCGGUUGCCAAUUAUUUUUCACUACCGGAUACAUACUCACCGCUGGUUUCGCGUAUUUUAUUACCGACUGGAGAAUGCUGCAAGUAGCUAUCACAGUGCCAAGUAUUGCGUUUCUACUUUAUUGGUGGUUUAUUCCCGAGUCCGCUCGAUGGCUUCUAACGAAAGGCCGACUCCAAGAAGCGAAGGAUUUGCUGCAACGUGCUUCUCAGGAAAAUGGUGUAGAAAUGCCGAACGAGGUUUUAGAUACACUUCUUAAUAAUAACAGUGAAGAUAGUAUGCCCGAUACGAGAAAACCUUCGCUCUUCGAUCUGUUCCGUUAUCCGAACUUAAGGCGAAAGAGCAUUCUUCUGUUUUUUAAUUGGCUUGUUAACAGUGGCACGUACUAUGGAUUGUCUUGGCACGCGUCCAAUCUUGGUGGUAACGACUACAUCAAUUUUGUAAUAUCGGGGAUUGUGGAAGUACCGGCAUACACAUUCCUGAUUUUCACUCUGAAUCGCUGGGGCAGAAAGAUCAUUAUUUGUGGCUGUAUGAUGUUGUCCGGCUUAGCAUUACUUGCCACGCUAUUUAUUCCUACCAAUAUGCCGUGGUUAAUUGUUUGUUCAGCAAUGAUAGGAAAACUUGCCAUUACCUCCUCCUACGGUGCAAUUUAUGUGUUUACUGCCGAACAAUUUCCGACUGUCAUUCGAAACGUCGGAUUGGGCGCGAGUUCUACCUUUGCCAGAAUUGGCGGAGUUAUCGCUCCAUAUGUUAAUCAUUUGUCAGAAAUAUGGAUGCCAUUACCACUGGUUAUAUUUGGAUCUUGCGCUUUAUUUGGUGGACUAAUGUCUCUUCUUCUUCCGGAGACAUUAAACAAAAAACUUCCUGAAUCGAUUCAAGACGGCGAGCUUUUUGGAAAGAAAUCGAAGAAGAAAAAGAAGAAACAGCAAUUGAUGCUCGAACAGUUAAAUGACGUAGAAAUAAUAAAACCGUUGAAAGCGCAAGAGAAACAGAAUGGUGUACAUGAGAAACAGAACGGAUGACAUUAAUUUACGAACAUCGAUGUCGGUAUUGCAUUCAAAAUAUGUAUCCGAUUCCCGUCUGACCAUACUUUAGAUGUCUGCCACAUGCAGUACACGCCUACAGGGAACUUGGUAAUGCGAUGAUAUCAUCGAAUUUCAGUCUGAACUUCUAAUACCUACAAUCAAUUAACAUCUAUUCGUUCUUGAUCGAGCGAUCGUAUCUCAAGUGAGUUGGAUUAGACGUAAAAAUUAUUUAUACAAAAACAAAAGUUAAUCAAUCGUCGGAAGAUACGUACGUGUACAUUUUGCGUUCUAAUACAAUACUUUGAAAGUAGAUACGACAAUGGCAUUUAUUUAGAUGUCACCAUAAUGUGUUACGAUAGUCCAUAUAGACUAUAAGAAUUCUGCCGACAAACAUAUCGCUACUCGAACAUCUAAACGUCCUUUAUAAAUAAUGGCUACGAAUUAUGUAUGAAACAUUGCAACUUAUCAAUAUAAAAA